AGUUUAAAAAGAUAUUUUAAAAGACUGGGCUCGGGUUGGGGAUUUAGCUCAGUGGUAGAGCGCUUGCCUAGGAAGCGCAAGGCCCUGGGUUCGGUCCCCAGCUCCGAAAAAAAGAACAAAAAAAAAAAAAAAAAAAAAAAAAAAAAGACUGGGCUGAAAAGAAUUAGUAGAGUCUGAGCAGUGAGCAAAGGAGUCCCAGCAUUAUUGUGGGCUAAGGGCAUCGGUCGCUUGAUAGGCUCAUUGGGGCUUUUCAUUUCAGUCGUGGGAAGAUGGGAAAUGUUCUUGGAGUUCUGCUGGCUAGUGCUGAGGGUCUGACAGGAUAAGCUUCUGAGAUAAAGUCCCAACUAUGACAUUGUGCCUGGAUGUAGGAAGCCACCAAGACCGACAAUUGAACAGGUGGCCGAACCAUUGUCAUAAGUUGGUUUUUGCAGAUGAGUUCUUGAAUGCGGCUAUCCCAGUCUCCUGACUUCUCCCUUUACCCAGAGCAGUCCAAGGUAGGGAGGUUAGCUCAGCAUCUGCACAGCCUCUCAGCUCGCCAGCGUCAGUGGAGGCAGUGCGAGCCAGUCCUGUUGGGGGUGCUGUGGAGACAUGGUUGCCGCCAAGCCCACGCGUGCGUCAUCGGACAGGGGGCUGGGCCUCCAGAACCCGGAAGCUGGGGACCCACGUGGGAGUCUGGGAGGCGACUGUCUAGGCUCGAGUGUCAGGUCGUGGGCAGUCUUUGAGCGGGGACGAGGUGUGGGAGGCUAACGUGUUCUCCCCAGCAGUCUGUUACAGAGUUCCGGGCGCUGCUGGAGCAAUGCUACUCCUCUGGACGGUCGGAUGCUUCAAUCGCCUCGUUGCCCGCCAUUUCUCCUCCGUGGCUCGGCCCGGGGAGCGGCCUGGCGGGGAGGAGCUGAGUCGCUUGCUUCUUGAUGACCUGGCGCCAGCCCAGAGGCUGGAACGUCUGUUUGGCGUGUCCCCAUGCCUCCUGGCCUUGCGGGCCGCCCGCCGGCACGUGGCCCGGCUCCUGCUCCAGGCCGGUGCACCAGGGCGUGUGCAUGGAGGUCAGCCGGCUGCGACCUCGGCCUUGCGAUGAGGCGGCAGACACGAGCUCAGGCGACGACCCUCAGCAACUGUGGCUCGUCCUUGAGGGGAUCCAGGAUCCCCGCAAUCUUGGGGCUGUGAUGCGCUCCGCUUACUUCCUCGGAGUAGACAGGGUCAUCACCAGCCGGAGAAACAGCUGUCCGCUUACUCCAGUAGUCAGCAAGGCCAGCGCUGGGGCCAUGGAAGUGAUGGACGUGUUCGCCUCUCCUGACCUGGCGAGUUUUUUGCAGGCCAAGGCCCAGCAGGGGUGGCUCGUGGUGGGCACGGUGGGCUGCCCAGGUCCUGAGAUCUCCCAGUCCUCCAAGGUCCCCGUCACUAGCUGCUUAGAGUUCAUCUGGGACCGGCCCACUCUCCUGGUGCUGGGCAAUGAGGGCUCUGGUCUGUCCCAGGGGGUUUUCGCCACCUGCCAGCUGCUCCUUACCAUUCUGCCCGGACGCCACCUGCCUCCCGGCCUUGAGUCCUUGAAUGUGUCUGUGGCUACAGGAAUUCUUCUACACUCCAUUUGCAGCCAGAAGAAGGGUUUCCCUGUACAGGAGAGAGGACAACGUCUCCAAGACUCCUGAGAACCCUUAGCUACGUUUGAAGGACUCAGAGAGGCCCAGUACCCAGGACUACCAUCGUGGUCAGAAAAACAGGGCAAAUGUGGGCUGACAUAGACUGUCUGAGAUGAGUCACACAUUCAUCCUCAGGCUUGGAUGUAAUGGACCCUCGACUUGUGAGAUCCUAUUUGUUGGCUACAGUCAGGAGACUUUAAAGACCAAAAGAAGUUUCAUUUCCAGUUGGAAAUGGUAGUUUGCUAAUUCCCAGGACGGAUUAGGACAGACAGUAUCUGUCUUGGCUCCUGCUAGAAGUCAGGAGGCUGCCGUGGCAGGCGGAGGAACCACGCAGUCCAGUGCAGGGUGUGUGGAAUGUGAGGGUGAGUUUGUUGAGGGAAGCUGAGUGAACAGGUACAUAAUAGCCCUAUCUCUCAGAGUGAUGGGGAUAAGACUCCAGAUUCCAUCCACUGAGCCCUUAGCAGCUGAGUGGUCAUGCCCAAUCUCUCCAGUAGGUGGCAGUCUUGCUCUUUGCACCAUAGUUUUGCAGCCCCUUGCAGGGAGACCCCUCUCUGCAGGGACCCAUUAGAGACAGGGAAAAUAGCCAACAGCUUCCAGACACUGGCCAGUGCAGCCCAGUGGAGGGAACCUAUGAUCCCAGGCCUUUGUUGCUUUUGAGUCUGAGAGGCUGUGAAGUCAGGGUCACUUUUGUGCAACCCACUAGGCUUGGACCCCUCCUCCAGCGUCCCACAAGUGGAGCAGAAGUGAUAUUACCGAGCAGUGGUCUCACUCUGGGCUACACAUUGGAACACCUAAUAAGCUUUAAAGAAACUAGGCCAAAACAGCAGCUGCUGUGUGCUGCUGGGAAGGGAGACCGGGUCUAAUGUUCUGUGUACCUUUGGUGUCCUCAAACUUGUUAUUUAACUGAGGAUUUCCUUGAACUUUUGAUCUUCUUACACCACGAUGGCCAAUGUAUACGUUGCUGGGGAUAGACCCCAGAGCUUCAUGCAAGCACAGCAUUCACCCCACCCAGCGAGCUGUAUCUGAGCCCUGGGCUGGACAGUUCUUUGCUGUAGGUACCGUCCUGGGCGUUGUGAGAUGCCAUCCUCCCGAUGACAGGGAGUCUAUACCAUCUCUUGUCACAAAACCAAAACUGUCUCCACACAGGGCCAGAUCAUCUCUGACCGACAGCCCUGAGUGUGGGGUGGGAGGACAUCGACCCUUGAAUUGUAACCCUGGAGGCUGUGAGAGCGGGGAUGAGUUGCCUCCAGGCCUUCUCUGUAUCCUCGAAGGAUGUAUGUAGUAGGUGCUCGAUAAACAAACAAACAGCCCCUUCCCCUGUACUCUCCCUGGAGUUGAUUUGUAGGAUCCUAACAGCUAUGUACACUUACUACAAAGUUUGAAUCUGUUUGCAGAGGACCUGUAGUGUUGCUAUUUGGGGAAUAUCUGACAAAAACAUCUGAGGGAAGGGUUUGAGUUUGAGGAAAUACUGUCAGUUCAUCAUAGCAGGGAAGACAUAGCAGCAGGAGCGGGUGUGAGGCAAUGCACCCCAUCAAGGCAGGAAGUGGGGUGAAGGAUGCUGGUGCUCAGCUCCCUUUCUCCCUUUCAUUUAGUCCAGGACUCCAGCCAUGGGAUGGUGCUCCCCACACUCAGGGAGAGUCAUCCCUUAGUCCUCCCUGGACACAGCCAGGUGUGUCUCCCAGGUGAUUUCAAACCCAGGCAAAUAAUGAAGAUGAACAGGGCCCGCAACUGCCUUAAAGCUUUCAUCCCAAGAAAGACAGAGAACCCUAUUGUCAGCGCCUUUCCCCACCGGGGUUCUCAUCUUGAGCUGUGUGUCCCCAACCCCACAGAUGCUGCAAGGUCUGCUGAGCUGGAGCCCAACAAUGUGCUGCCUCUCUCGAGAGCCUAGGGCAGGGAUUCGGGUUUUGUUUUUCUUUUGUAUCGUCUUGUCAUUUUUAUUAACUCAAAUAGAGAUUUCUAACAUUUCCUGUGCCUUGGAGCCAUGGGGUAGGGAAGAGAGUGGCUGUUAAUGCCCAGAGACACCAAAUCAAUUAAUUAACAGUCUCCAGGGGUUGGAGAGAUGGGUCAGUGGUUAGAGCAAUGGUUGCUCUUCCAGAGGCCCUGAGUUCACAACCAUCUGUGAUGGGAUCUGAUGCCCUCUUCUGGUGUGCAAGUGUACAUGCAGGCAAAAUACCAUAUACGUAAAUAAGUCAACCUUUAAAAAUAAAUAAACAAAUGUCUCCGGGGAA